CGAUAAGAAAUUAUUGGAAACAAUAACAUAAAAAGUGCCUUGCCUUGCCUCGACGUCGUUUGUUUUUUGUUUUGUUUAGUUUAUCGCGUCGCCAUGUCCACUCUCAGUCGUCCAAAAUCACCGCACACGCCCACGGCAAUCAAAAAGGGCGAAAAAGAAGACAGCUUCUGGGACAAAUUUAGCACAUUGGGACGCAAACGCGGCACCCGCGAAGUGAAGAAAAUUCAAGAGGAGGGCAAAUAUGCCAUCGACUCGCCGGGAUCGCCCAACCAAUAUGACAUACCACCCGAGGACUAUGCUCUACGCGAACACGAGCAGCGGGCUGUCAUCGAUCCGCAGUCGAUCAACGAUCCAGAGGUGGUCAAACUGCAGAAGAUUCUGGUCGAUUGGAUUAACGAUGAGCUGGCGGAGCAGCGCAUUAUAGUCCAGCAGCUGGAGGAGGACAUGUACGAUGGCCAGGUGCUGCACAAGCUCUGGGAGAAGCUGACGGGCAAGAAGCUAGACGUGCCCGAGGUCACACAGUCGGAGCAGGGCCAGCACGAGAAGCUCAACAUAGUCCUGAAGGCCGUCAACCAUACACUCGGCUUUCAUCAGAAAAUACCCAAGUGGUCGGUGGCCAGCGUUCACUCGAAGAACAUUGUGGCCAUUCUGCAUUUGUUGGUCGCUCUAGUGCGUCACUUCCGAGCGCCUGUGCGCCUGCCGGAGAACGUGUUUGUCACUGUGGUGAUUGCUGAGAAGAAUGCGGGCGUUCUGAAUGCCCAAAAGUUCCAGGAACAAAUCACCUCCGAGUACGAUGACCUGGGCAUGCGGUGUGAGAAGGAUGCCUUCGACACGCUGAUCGACUGUGCGCCGGACAAGCUGGCUGUGGUGAAAAAGUCCCUCAUCACGUUCGUCAACAAGCACCUGGCGAAGCUGAACUUUGAGAUAACCGAUCUGAAUACGGACUUCCGUGAUGGCGUCUAUCUGUGCCUGCUGAUGGGACUGCUGGGUGGCUUCUUUGUGCCGCUGCACGAGUUCCAUUUGACUCCCCAGGAUCUAGACCAAAUGGUCAACAAUGUGGCGUUCGCCUUUGACCUCAUGCAGGACGUGGGCCUGCCUAAGCCAAAGGCCCGGCCCGAGGACAUUGUCAACAUGGACCUAAAGUCCACACUGCGUGUUCUCUACAGUCUGUUCACAAUGUUCAGGGACUAUGCCUAAGCUUAAGCCUAAGUCAUGUAGCCCACCACCCCCAACCCCCACCCCACCCCAUCACUUUUACUCUAAAUAUUUUAUUUUAAUUUUUUGUUUUAAAUGUGUUUAUGCGACUAUUUAUGUGUAUGUGUACGUACUAUCUAACCAUUGUCAGCUGCUCAGAGCUAACCACCCACGCCCACCCAUCCAUUCUCCCCAUUUCCACAUUUCCCUUCCCACGGCCAGUUGUUGUUAACUUGUCUUUACACAGCCCGUAGCUGUUACUAAAUGAAAUUUUACAUUGUAUAUCGUAUUAAUAAUAAUAAAUUAAAAGUGUGCCUUUGGA